UAAAACGAAAUAACAUUGAUUGAGAGUACGCACGCGGCGAGUGAGAAGAGAAGAGAAGAGAAUAGAAUAGAAUAGAAUAGAGAGAUCUUCUUCAUUCAUUCUACUAAGACGGUGGUUGUGGUUGGAAUUGCUCCGAUGGGUGAAAACAAAGAAGAAUUAAUUCCUCAAAAGUAUGACGUCGAUGCCAAAUGGGAUGCUUGCCUUGAUCUCACCGUCCGUCGCUUCGUUUAUUCCUCUUUUGCCGGUGCAUUCGGCGGUCUCCUCCUUUUCAGGAGUCCUCAGACUCGCUGGGCUUCUAUUGCUUUUGGUGCUGGAGUGGGAAUAGGAUCUGCAUACGCAGAAUGUUCUCGUCUGUUUGAUGGAUCUCCAGCAAAGCUAGCACAACAUAAGGACUCAGAGGCUCCUACUCAGUUUGUGCAGGAUUCUGAGUAGAUGCUAUAUUUGGAUCCUGGUUCCUGGACAGUGAAACAGAACAUUUUCCUGACUAUUGAUAGUUCCUUUACUCAGUUAUAGCUAUUGAAAAUGUUGAACUGCAUGAUCAUAAAUUAGCAAUACCGCCGAUGGAAAUUUAUUUCCAAGCUGUUAUCAUUUUGUUCUCCUGUAAUUCUGCACUAUGUUUAUGUUCUAAAAGAUAAAAGGUUAAAAAAAAAAAAAAAAACUUUCUUCAGA